AAACGGUGAUCCGGAGUCACCGCGCGCGCGGAGCAACCUGGGCUUGCAAUGGCGAACCGGACGGUGAAAGAUGCGCACAGCAUCCACGGGACCAACCCGCAGUAUCUCAUCGAGAAAAUCAUCCGCACUCGUAUCUACGAGUCCAAGUAUUGGAAGGAAGAAUGUUUCGGGCUCACAGCGGAAUUGGUUGUGGACAAAGCUAUGGAACUAAAAUAUGUUGGUGGUGUAUAUGGUGGGAACAUUAAGCCUUCCCCAUUCCUUUGCCUGACUCUCAAGAUGCUCCAGAUUCAGCCUGAAAAGGAUAUAAUUGUUGAAUUCAUAAAAAAUGAAGAUUUUAAGUAUGUUAGACUGCUGGGUGCACUGUACAUGCGACUAACGGGGUCUGCUAUUGAUUGUUAUAAAUACUUGGAACCACUUUAUAAUGAUUAUCGGAAAGUGAAGAGGCAAAAAAGAGAUGGAGAGUUUGAACUAAUUCAUGUUGAUGAAUUUAUGGACGAGUUACUCCAUGAAGAGCGUGUUUGUGAUAUCAUUUUGCCCAGACUUCAGAAACGUUAUGUGUUGGAAGAAGCAGAGAUGCUGGAUACACGAGUCAGUGCUCUGGAAGAAGAUAUGGACGAUGUAGACACAAGUGAAGAUGAGGAUGAAGAUGAUAAGGGUAACAGAAUGCCAACACCAGAGCCCCCAAGGAGAGGUUACCGAGAUCUUGAUCGGCCUCAUAGAUCUCCCUCUCCACGGUAUAGGAGAAGCCGAAGCAAAACACCAAGGCGACGAAGUAGAUCUCCCAAGCGACGAAGCCCAUCACCACGUCGUGAAAGACAUCGCAGCAAAAGUCCCAGACGUCACCGUAGUCGAUCCAGGGAUCGUCGUCACCGAUCGAGGUCCAAAUCUCCAGGUCAUCACAGAAGUCAUAGACACAGAAGUCAUUCCAAGUCACCUGAAAGAUCAAAAAAGAGUCACAAGAAGAGCCGAAGAGGAAAUGAAUGAAGGUUCCACAAACUGUCAAAUAUAUAUUUCCAGUGGAUCACAAGACUUGUUUGUAGAUAAAACUCUGAUGUUAACAAAUUUUGUCUUUGGUAUUAAUUCUAAGAUGUUAUUUGCAAGAAUUAAUUUUAGUUACAAAAGCACUAUGGUAAAUCUACUAAACUUUUUGGAAUAGGCAGAGUAAUUAAAAAAAAAAUUCUGUGAAUACAAAGAACAUUGAGUACCAUUUAAAGUUACUUAAUUUUUAUGACUUGAAUUUGAUAAUGUUAUGGUUUUCAUAACAAAUUCAUUAUAUUUUGGCUAAUAUUUGGACAAAUGACCUAAAUUACACAAUGGUGAUACAAAGAUGCAUUUAAGACGUAAUUUAUCCAAUUUCUGAGUCUUUGAUUGUCAAAGCUCAUACUGUUUUAAGAACUAAAAGCCAGUACCAUAGAAAAUGUUAUUGCCAUGUAUGUAUUAUACAACUAAAGUGCAUAACCAUUUUGUGUAUACGACCUAGCUAACCACAGAAUGUCCACCUUCAUUGGCAAAAUACAAAUGAACAAUUUUAAAAGGGGAUAUUGGAAAUAUAUUGUGAUUAUAAAAUUCUUUGAUAAGUACAUGCAUUAAACUGGAAUGUCUGUAUUGAUUAUGUAUUUAAAUCUCCCGUUCAAGAUUUAUAUCCAUGACUUUUCAGUGAAAAAUGUCAGAGGAAGAACUUAGUUUACCAUGGAGGUAUACCAUGGGGGUAUACCAUGAUUCCCAACCAUCAGGAGUUAUGAGAAAAAACAAAAUAAUCUGUUAAAAACAUGCACCAUUUCUUGGAAAUUAAACUUAAUUUAGAAAUUUUUGUCCCACUUUUUGAAAUUUUGACAUAACGCCUUUUUAUAUUUAUAUGAUCAAGGUGCUUCAGUCUGAACUGACUUGAGCUGUUAUGUAUGUAAACAUGAUUUUAUUACAAAGCAUAUCUGACUUGUUAAAAUGCUCCUGACCACUUCUGGCUCCUGUAUUAAAAUUGUAGAUUAAUUUAAUAUCAUGCUAUUUUUCCUGUCAGUCUUCAAAAAUUGAUGAAGAACAUUUGCGACGGAUAGGUAAUGAUGAGAUGACCAUCUGAAGCCAACAACUGUUUCCUUUAAGGUUCAAUAGACCAGACCAGAAAUUUAAACACAAUCCAAUUAAUUGAUGAUUCCAACAAAUUGGUUAGUGCCAGCCUUCAUUCAGUGGUAAUAAAUUUGCCUGGUUUCAAACCUUGAAGACUUGAGCAUGUAAUGUAAGCCUGUACAUAAAAAAGAUAUAGUCAACAAUUUAAAGAGAGGUUUUGUUUUGGUGCUCUGAACAAUGGUGUAUUCAACCAACAUCACUGAAGUAUCAAUUUUUCUCAUUGUUGUGGACAUCAAUAAAAAUAGUUCAUU